AUGCUUGCAAUAGCUAACUUUAGAUUUUACCAUUCUACAGCCCUCGGAUCAGGAAUUCUCUUUGCGUAUCCACAAUUGGCUACCAUUACUGGGGUUCAGGGUGUUGUUGUGUAUGCCGUCAGUUCUGCAGCACCUCUUCUCAUUUUCGCUUGGCUUGGUCCAAUCAUCAGAUCAAAAUGUCCUGGGGGGUUUGUUUUGACAGAAUGGACGAGACAGCGUUAUGGAGUUGUAGCAGCUCUGUAUAUCAGCUUUCUGAGUAUGGCUACUAUGUUCCUUUACAUGGUUGCUGAGCUCUCUGCAUUGCAACAGAUCAUGACUGCUUUGACUGGGAUGGAUGGUCUGCCAAUGGUUAUUGUGCAGUGUGUUGUCGCAACUAUCUAUACUUCCCUGGGAGGAUUCAAGAUCUCUUUCAUUACAGACAAUAUUCAAGGAGCUAUGGUUGUUUGUCUCAUCAUAAUCGCUACAAUCACAAUUGGAGUCAAGACCGACAUUGACACUAGUCUCAUCGAUUCGUCAGGUCUUACACAAGCCAGCUUGCUUGGAUGGCAACUGCUCUACAUCCUUCCCGUCGCAGUUUUGACUAACGACUUUUUCCUCUCCAAUUUCUGGAUUCGAGCUUUCGCUUCAAAAACAGACAAGGACCUUUGGAUUGGUAUCUCAAUCGCCGCCGUUGUCGUUCUCAUCAUUCUGACUCUGAUCGGAUGUACCGGUCUCAUUGCAGUAUGGUCAGGCGCACUAGGCCCAGACGACAUUGAGUCUUCCGGGAGUAUCGCAUUCUUCUUACUCCUCGAACGACUUCCUGCGUGGGUUGUCGGUAUCGUACUUGUCAUGGUUGUUUCCCUCAGCACAGCAGCAUUCGACAGUUUCCAAUCCGCCAUGGUAUCCAUGGGAUCCAACGACCUGUUCCGAAACAAGCUCAACAUCUGGUUCAUUCGAGCAGCUGUCGUGCUUCUUAUCGUUCCCGUUAUAAUCCUUGCGCUCAAAGCACCAAGUAUCCUCCAAAUCUACCUAAUCUCCGAUCUCUUCUCCGCAUCCAGCAUCCCAGUUCUCAUCCUCGGUCUCAGCGAUCGUUUCUACUGGUGGCGUGGCUUCGAAGUCGUCGUUGGUGGUCUAGGUGGUAUCAUAACGGUUUUCAUCUUCGGGACUAUCUACUAUGGAAACGCACAAGCUGGAGCGGACUUGAUCCUUCUCGAAGGCGGACUUUACGCUAAUGACUGGAGUGUAUUUGGGGCUUUCGUCGCCGCUCCUGUGGGUGGUCUACUCUGGGGAUUCGGUGCUUUUGUGGUGCGAAUUGCCUUCCAAUUUAUCUUUGCUAAGAUUACUGGAAGACAUUUUGGUGCUUUAGAUCGUCCAGCAUAUCUUAAUAGACGUGUUAUGGGCGCCCCGGAGUAUGCCGAUAGUGAUGAGAUUCAUGCAGAUACUAGCGCGGGUCUUGUCACUGUCGAUCAUAAGGGGAAGUUCUUCUGA